CAUGUUAGCUAAAUUUUCUGUGAAGCCACAUCCACACAGGCAGCAUCCGUCCAUCAGCUCUGACAGUCUAAUAAUAAAGCUAACAUGUAAGCGACACAUUGCUCACAUUCACAUCGGCUGCUUAUAUCAGGCAGGAGAGCAGGUCUUCCUGCAUCACUCUUUGACAGGGCUCUUAUCGGAGGAAGGCAGAGCUCGGAACGAUCGGCGCCUACAGGAUCAAGCUGGGAACAUCAGUCAUUGAGAAUCAACAAACAAAAGAGAAUAGGUGUUUGUUUUUUAACUCCAGUGAGCUAGUAUGGGAGCAGAUGACAAAAAGACGUUUGAGGAAGGAGAGGAGAAAAUCAACGAAGAAGCUAAAAAUCCAGCAGGAAGGGGGCUCUGUGGUCCAAACAGCGUCUUGAUCCGAGUAGAAGUGGACCGAGAUGUUCCCAUGGCUGUAGCUCUACCCAUUGAGCUGCAGGCGGACCCCACACACCAGCGCUUUCCCUUUCUGGACACCACACUCGCUGACCUGGGCAUCCAAGAAUCAGAAGUGAAGGAGAGGAUUGUGUGGGUCGACACCACAAAGACGCAGGUGAAGAACAAAGCAGGGAAGCUAAAGGAGAAGGAGGUCACCAUUUUGGAGGUGCGCGUGAAAGCCCAGAAACCUGGAGACAAACAGCUGCAGGAGGUGUUGUACAGCACCGAGGCUCACACCGAUCGCUCCUUCUGCCGCACAGGGAUGAACAUUCAGCCCUGGAAACAAAGACACGCAGGAAAGGACGGACUUGUGGAGAUGACGUUGGGCUUAACCAAGAACCAGCCCGACUCCACUGAAGCUCAGGAGCAUCGGAGGAUCUAAGGGAGCAUCUGAAUCACCAUCCUCUAGCAGGGUUAAGAUCAUUUGUGUUAUUUCACAUGUCAGCAAGACUAACAAAAAGGUCCAAAAGCCAUAAAAAAAGCAGACAUGACACAAGCUUGAAGUCUGUAUUUAUUCAUGGCCUCCACAUUGUCAUUUUCUUUUGUACAAUUAAGUGAAGAAACAUUUAAAAUGUGUCAAAGAAACAUUAAACAAACCUGAAAAAUAUUACCUGCUUUUAUAUAAACUUUAAUAAUAUAAUUCAUGUUCAAGCCUGUCUAUAUGUUUUAUUUUAAUAGAUGUUUGUCUAUGUGUUGCUGAGCUCCUUUUUGUCUUUUUGAGUGGGAAAAGAGUUUUAAAUAAACAGUAUUUUCUAUUUCAGUGAGUCAGAGCAACAUUUGUUAGAACUCAAAACACUCCAAACAGUGGCAGAAACAUAAAAUUCAAAGAUGUUUAGAAUUAGAAAACAUUUCAGUAGAUCCAGAUGUUCACUCCAACAUUAAGUGGCUGUUACAAACUUCACAGCAAAAUAUAGAACUAUUAAAAAUAAUGAAAUAUCAACAAAAA